AUGCUGUCAGACACAACCUCCAGUAGAGUCGCCUCCGAUGCAAUGGAAACAGAGACCGCAUUUGCGACUCCAGCGCCUCUGCGCAUAGACGCGACGGAGACUGAAGCAAAUGAUGUUGCUGAGACUAUUGAUUCUGCCGAGCCCUCUGGUCCCAGCACGAGCGACGGUAGCUUUGCCGUGGAACGUGGCACAUCUCUUCAUAAUAUCCUUUUGGGGAUGGAAGAAGGCAGUUCUGAUGAUGUCCAAAACCGGGAACUUGGAGAGACUCUAACUCGCUUGAAUGAGCAAGAACUCAAUCAACCAGACGGAGACGAACAGACUCCUCUACACAUUGCUGUAAGCCGCGGCCUACUGGGAGCAACCAAAAGCUUGCUAGCCCGGGGUGUAGAAAAUUCAAUAAAGCACAAAGACCGUACGGAACGCCAGCCCUUGCAUUACGCUUGCAUGUCGGGGCACAAAGAGAUUGUGAACCUGCUGUUGGGUUUCGGUGCAGAUUUAGAGGCCCAGCAAGGUGACGGACGCACACCACUGGGCGAAGCAUGCUAUUGGGAACACCUUGAUGUGAUGAACGAACUGCUCUCACAUGGGGCCAAAGUGAACGUAAUGGACAACGGUAAUCGGUCACUUUUAACGUUGGCAGUUAUAGACCGCAACAUCGACAUAGUUCAACGCCUUUUAUUAGAGGAACACUUGGACUUGAAUAAUCGCGAAAAUGCCAAUGGCUGGACUGCACUGCAUAGGGCCGCAUUUUGGGGCGCGGAGGAAAUUGUCGAUCUGUUGUUGAAGAGGGGAGCAAGCACCAGUAUCCAGGACAAUGAUGGCUGGACACCAUUAUACGCUGCUACUUACGGUGAGGAAGCGACAAUCAUGAAGAAGUUUCUUUACAACCAUAAAGGAGACAAGAUGAAUCCCAAGGAGUUAGAGACACCUAGCGAGGAAGGAUAUACCCCCCUUCUUGCGGCAAUUGAGCGCAGGUGUGCAAACAUUGUGAGCCUUCUCCUUGAAGCCGGAGCGAACUGCAAUGCGGAAGAUAAUCAAGGUAGACGGGCCUUGCACCAUGCAACUGCUGAAGGAGAUGAAUCCAUUGUCCUAUUACUUAUUAAGGGUGGAGCAGACUUCAAUGCCCAGGAUAAACAAGGUCGCCGUGCUUUACACUAUGCAACUACUAAGGGACAUGAUUCUAUUGCCUUCCUACUUAUAAGGAGUGGAGCAGACUGCAAUGCCCAGGAUAAACAAGGUCGCCGGGCUUUACACUAUGCAGCUGCUGAAGGAUAUGACUCUAUUGCCUCAUUACUUAUCGAAGGUGGAGCAGACCACAAUGCGCAGGAUGAAGAAGGUCGCCGGGCUUUGCAUGAUGCAAGUGCUCAAGGAAACGCUACUAUUGUCAGUCUGCUUCUGAAUUAUAAAGCAGACUGCAAUGCCGAGGAUAAUGAAGGACGCCGAGCUUUGCAUGAUGCGAGUACUCAAGGACAGAGUGCCAUUGUUACAUUACUGUUUAAAAAUGGAGCAAUGGUGAACCCAAGAGACAAAGACCGCAAGACCCCUCUUCAACUCGCGUUCAAGGCCGACCAAAAGCAUGAGUGGGAUGAGCGAGAUGGAGUGAUGAGAAGUUUUCUCAAAGACAAUAAUCUUAACACAACAGCCCUUGGAAUAGAUGAAGUGAAAGAGGAUGUUCUAGUAUGGGCCGCCAAAAGUUUCAACAGGCACGACAUUGCCGUGUUACUUAUGAAGAAGAGCCCAGGACUUGUUGAGCCGUCAAACUCUAGCCAAUGGAGCGCAAUUGAAUGGGCAACUUAUAGAAAUUUACCGCAAAUUCUGUGGUUGCUUCUUGCGAACUCCCCUCAAACGAAUGAUUCCAAGAGGAUGGUUAAAUCAGCUUCAGAGUUUAUAAACAAACCCAGACGGGUGCUUAAGUUGAAAGAAAUCCAGAAGCAGCGAGCUGUAAUGGAUAAAGGCGACAUGGAGGUUCCACUCGAAGACAGAAUGACUGCCGGACCUCUUGAUAGUAAAAGGGCUGAACUUGUUGCAGACAUUUUGCAGGACCCUCCAUUUGCACAGUAUACCGACAACGAACAGAUCAAAAUACGUGAAAUCAGCCACUCUCAAUCCAACGUUUCGGGUGAAUUCGAUGCUGCAGUAAUGCAGAUUUAUAGAGAAAACGGAAAGUCGAUUGUCAUCCGUGAGCCUAGGGUGGUGAAGGAUGUAAUAUAUGGCAAUGGCCCGGUGAAGAUUAUGGAGGAUAAAAUGAAGAGACUCAGGGAGCUGAAAAGAUUCAUCCAAAGCAUGUACACGAAUAAAGACGAUGAGAAAAUUCUUCAGAUGGCAGAUAUUACUUCUGAGCCUAGGUUCACAUGGAUUCACUUACCAUCAGCAAAUGACUUAUUAGCCAGGAUCAUGAAAGACCAUGAUUGCGAUCCGACCGAAUAUCGUAGCGUUCGCGGUUUCUUGAAAGACAGUUGGGUCGAGGUUCCGGAUCGAGAGUCUUCUUCACGGAUGAUGAGACCUCGUUUCAUAGAGAGAGACCCGGGCAAUGCCAGUGAAAACACGACUGAGGGGAAUGCAACAUCAAAAGCUGAGGCUGGAAGCAUGAAUGAAAACAGCGAACACGAUGCGGAUAUUGUCACAAAAGGAAAGCAUCAGAAGGCAUUCGAGGAGGAUGCGAAUAGCGAUUUUGUGGCCGCAUCGGCUACCUAUAUGCCCUACCUUCUGUUCUCAACCCAGUGCAGACAGGGCAAUGGCAAUAAUGAUCACACAGCGAAAACAGCCUGUGUGAAUUGCAAGGACAGUCAAGAGAAAUGCGAUUCUUUGUUGGGGGCGCACCCCAAUUCCGCUGUACACACCUCCCCUACACUCGAUGAGUGGUAUUAUGGCUUUACUCAGGGUGACGAGUUUUCCAAAGACAAAAAUUAUCGUAACGAGAACCAAGUUGCCACUAGGGAGUUGGUUGGUGAUGUUAACGAGCUCGCACACUGGCCAUUGCUUCGUGUUAAUCAACUAUGGAUAUGGACUCUCGACAAUAAGUGGAUUAUCACAGCUGCACCAGAUCCAAUGGAUAGUAACAGUCACACCUUCCUAGAUGGGGUUCUCGAACGUCUCAAAAAGCUAGGGCAGGCCGGAGAAAGUAGCUCUCAGCCUGAAUCAACAUCUGAUAUGAGACAACUACUUGUGGACUACUGCAUUGAGUCUUACGAGAGAAAGUCCGCGGAAAACGAAUUUUCUCAUUUCCAGGACCAGAAAAUUCUCAAGAUUCAAAGAGCAUCAAUUCGUCAACUCUUCUCUAACUCAAUUAAAAAGCUGGGACGAGAUGAGACUAUAUUGUUCAAGCAAUUGACUAAACAGCCAAGUGUGUCAAAAGAUGCAGGAAAGCCAAGAAACACGAUUGUGAAGCAUUUACUGAACGCGACUUUCGGCGGAGUUGAGAUCAGGAAAGCAAUCAAACAGGCCGAAAAACUUUCCUGUGACGUCAAAGAUAUCCGAGACGAGCUCAACAUUCUCAAAUCAGUCGCCAUAUAUCAAAGAGAUGUCCAGGACAGGCUAAGUGCCGUACUCAAGAAGGAAGUUCGAUCGAAUCUUACAGCCAAAUAUGUCGAAGGCGACAUCAAUGGAAUGGAUAAGGUUGCAGAAAGAAUUCAGUCUGCGGUCGAUACCACUCUGGCUCUUCAGCAAGGGCAGGAGACUGUGAGGCAAGGACGUACUUUGAUGGUCUUCACUGUGGUGACGAUUAUAUUUCUACCACUUUCAUUUCUCUCUUCACUUUUUGCACUGGAUGUGGCGUCCUUCCAGGAAACCCCCGGUUGGGCAUUUGCAAUUAUCUGUGGGUAUCAGCUGGCAAUUUUGAGCUCGCAAACCACUUAUGCCAUGUUCUCGGAUGACUUCACCGAUUUGUUGUCGAAGAUUCGAGAGACGUUCAAGGGCGCGAAGGAGAAAUCGAUCAAGGACGUUGGUUUGGCCGUCAUCAGAAAAUUGACGGCACUAGCCACCUUUGUAUGGAACCAUGUCUCAUUCAAGUGGAGGACAGACCGAUCAGGUGUACGAGCUAGGACGCACGGGGAGGUUUGA